AUGGAUAAUCAGCAGGAGCGUAUAUCAGAAGAUAUCACCGGCGACCUUGCUGCUGCUGUUAGGAAAUCAUGGUCUGAACCGCAAGACAAUCCGCUGUUGCUCAAUGUUAAUAACUCUCCCAUAGGAACUCCCACGGAUAGAUACUCCCCUGAACCAGUCAUGAUGGUGGAAGGAAAUGCCUUGAACCCACUAUCUCUAGCAAGAGGAUCUGCACAGCACCAGCAAAGGCUGUAUGGCUCCUCUCAAUCUCGCGAAAAAUCAGAGCAGCAACAACAGGACUACCAAUUGUUUAAGCAUCAUUACUCUCUCGGACAGGAGACAAGGGAGUCUGUUUCCGACAUUCUUAACGAUUUGACUCUGGGAUCUCCAGAACCAAGCGAAAGUAGAACACCAAUAAGACAACCAUCAGUGGAUGUUCCUCCUGUAACCACAAGGCGUAGUUCCAUUCAGGAUGUUCAAUGGAUCAGACAUUUACUAAACCCAAGGAGUUCAUUUUCUGGUGUAUCCUCCAAUGAACCUGCCAGUUCUCCCGACAAUUCUUCCAAUGAAAGCAAAGCUUGGGUGACGAUAUUACAUGAUUCAUCUGCAGAAUCAUUACAGGCCGUUAUUGUGUUGGCGCAGUCAUUGAAAAAAGUCAAUUCCCAAUACGGUCUUUGUGUAUUGCAUUCUAGUGAAGUUAAUGCCUCUCAAUUGAAUCAAGUAGGGAUCAAGACGUUAAUAAUAGAUGAAUACAUCAACGUUUUUUUGAAUUUCGGAUCGGGUUCAGGAUUUAGUGGGAGCUUACAAGAGACCGAAACCAAAAAUGAUUUAAAUUUUAAGUGGUGUAAACUAUUUCUUUUCUUUUCGUUGAUUGAUAGAUUCGAGUUGAUCUGCUAUUUAUCCCCCACAUGCGUUGUAUUGCAAAACAUUGAUGAACUGCUGGAAAGCCCUGAGGUGUCUGAUGAGAUUGAUAAUGAAACCUGUGUUUUAUUAUCGAAUAAGGAAAAUUAUAUUUGCGGAGAUCUUACACCCGUAAAGCAAGGCCCAAUUCUUAACGGAGAAGAUAACGAAGACCCUCAGAUUAUUAUAUUGAAACCUAAUAGUGCAGUUGCAAUGUGUAUCAAGGAAUACUUCACGAUUUAUGGGAAUGAGUUUGAAGGUGAAAGUAAAAGGUCGAUGUUUCAUCAAAUGAACGAUUUACAAAUUAUGAAGGCAUUGUUUGGUGACAAAUGGGGCUACCUGGAUAAUGAUGGCUACUGUGCUGUGCCCGUGACCACUAUUCCCACGGACAGGUUAAAUUACAAGAUAAUCGAAUUCAAAAUCUUAAAGCCGUGGGAAAGACAGAAUUAUGUUAGUGCUGGCCUGCAGCCAAAUUCUAUAAUGAACGAAUGGCUAAAUCUAUGGCGGGACUUUCUAAACCAAGUGAAUUGA